AUGUCAAGGCGUCUCUUUUCAAUGUCGGGGAACUUUGAUGAUCCACCGAGUCAUUCAUCUACAGAUUCUCCCACCGAAACCGCAGAAAGAUUAGUUCAAGAAAUUCUAGAGCGCGGUCCUAAUUCGAAUAAUACGAUAAGUCCAUCGGGUGAACUUUACAGAGCAAUAGGUCGAUAUACUGAAGCACGAAGAGCCGAAGCCGAAGACGUUAGAAAUAUGUCAUCAUCAGAACGUAGGGUCGAGAGGCAACAUAGAUUAGGAGGGAGACGUUCAACAUUAAAUCAUGGAUCGAGUCGAGAGGAAUUUGAUGAAAAUGAAAGGGAAAGGGAUAUAAAUUCACGAAGAGCCGAAGUUACAAGAAGACGAGAUGCACCCAGACCUAUUCCUCCACUACUUGGUCGUCGAAGACCUCGCCUCCUACAAUCCGAUCGAUAUAUGGAACCACAACGUGCUUCCGUCGAAGGCAAUCUCUUAAAUUCUUUAUCCGAAGAUGUGAGACAAUUAGAAGCCGCAAGUUUGAACCUUCGAACUUUAUUAGCGACUCCUAUCGGUUCUAGGUUACCGUCACCCGAUCAUGUCACCGAGGGAGAAUUCGGUCGUCGAACCAAGAGAAGAAAGUUGGAUCAAGAUAAUAAAGGAGAAUCGUGGCAAGGUUUCAAAUAUGGAAAAUAUGGUCAAGUCGAACCUGGUACUUUACAAAUGGAAAUUGUUAGUUGUGAUGGAGGACUCUUUCAAAGUUGUCCAGAAGGAGAAUAUGGUUCAGAUAAUGUUUUGAAAGAUGAUAAUACCGUUUACUGUACUAAAAGUAAUCGCUGUAAUAUUGUCUUGAAACAUCAAGGGGAAACUACAUUUUCUCUUUCAGAAAUAGUUAUCAAGGCACCUCAUAAAGGAUACACAGCCCCAGUUCAAGAAGGUAUGGUAUUUGUUUCCGGAACAUCGAACGAUCUCCUUACUCGUACUGCGCAAUAUCAAAUUCAAUAUUCUUCCCCAUCCCGAGAAAGGCCACCUGUUUCUAUAAUGUCUAUUCGUCAUAAUGAUGAUGGUACUAGAAGUAUGACAACUGCUCAAGCUCGUGCUGGGCGUCUUGUUCAAUUGGGUGCUCAAGAUCCUGAAUGCGAUUUAAAUACUCCAUAUAUUCCACCAACAGCCCAAAUUCCAUCCGAUUUUACCAAUAUUACAUCACCAUAUCAAGUCACUAUGGAAUGUAGUAGUGAUUGUUCUGAUAAUGAAGAUCAACCUCGAAGGAAUCGUCGAGCAGCUUAUAGAAUGAGAGUAUCAAGAGAUAUUCCAGAUGAUCUUCGACUCCCGGAAGAAAGUACUGAUGAUGAAGAUGAAUUCCCUCCACCAGGUUACAGACUUUCAGAUGAUGGCACUCAUUACUAUUACGAUGCAUCAUAUUCUGCAAGAGUCUCAAGAAAUAGACCACAAUUGGAAAGGAGGGAAACAGCUAGUAAUAUUACAUUAGCAGAAGCGGCAGAAGCAUCUCAAAUCGCAACACAAGAAGCAGUCGCAGCUGUAGGAGGUGAACUUAUGGUUCCUCAUGCCAAAUUCUUCAUUGAGAGGGAUAAGAGUAAGUGUACUAUCAAAUUUAGUACACCAAUUAGUGGGAAAUACAUCCUCUUGAAAUUGUGGAGUCCAGAUGGGAGGAGUGAUGGGAAUAUCGAUAUCCAGAGUGUGGUGGUGAAGGGAUUCGCAGGACCGAGAAUGUUUCCAAAAGUGGAUUUGAUGUAG